AUGUUCCUUCCUUACUACUCAGCUGACAUUUUCUUACUAUGUUUCUUCCUUACUACUCAGCUGUCUUUUUUACCUUCAUUUAUUUCCUCUUAUUUUCUUACCAUGUUUCUUCCUUACUACUCAGCUGACAUUUUCUUACUAUGUUUCUUCCUUACUACUCAGCUGUCUUUUUCUUACCUUCAUUAUAUUUCCUCGUAUUUUUCUUACCAUGUUUUUCCUUACUACUCAGCUGUCAUUUUCUUACUAUGUUUCUUCCUUACUACUCAGCUCUGUCUUUUUCUUACGCUUCAUUAUAAUUUCCUCGUAUUUUCUUACCAUGUUCCUUCCUUACUACUCAGUUGUCAUUUUCUUACCAUGUUUCUUCCUUACUACUCAGCUGUCUUUUUCUUACACUUCAUUAUAAUUCCCUCUUAUUUUUCUUACCAUAUUUUCUUCCUUACUACUCAGCUGACAUUUUCUUACUAUGUUUCUUCCUUACUACUCAGCUGUCUUUUUCUUACGCUUCAUUAUGAUUCCCUCUUAUUUUCUUACCAUGUUCCUUCCUUACUACUCAGCUGA